AUGCGACUGUCAGAGAUGUCGUGGGCAUCAAAGGACCACGAAGAACCAGGGAAAACCCUGUCAUGUGCAUCGUUGUGCAAGUCGUCAACAAUAAUGAGGCCCUCGGUAAGACUGCUCGCCACUCACCCUUCUUCUUCUUCUUCGUUUCUAUUGGUUCGAUGUCGUGGGACACCAAUGUGCCACCGGCUGUCAUCAGUUUGGGUGGUGUUGUAUGUGAAAUAUCUAGCCAAAAACCCGCCCCUACUUCAUGGUGAUGGCUGCCACCUUGUUCUACCGCCCAUUUCCGCCACCAGCCACCGAACCACCACCACCAUUGGAAAUGGUAGCUGCCGCCGUUGUGCCGUUGCUGUUGCUAUCGGACCUCCACACGCCGCCAUGAAGUGGGUGAUCGUGUGCAUUCCCGAGAAGGAGGCAUAUUUUGUGGUGUGUGUUUUGUUUAGCCGGAAAACCAAGGAAGCCACCACAACCAUCGUAAGGUGGUGGCUGCCGCCACAAGCCACUGCCGGCCACCACUAG